AUGCAUGGACCACUUGAAUUAUUCCCGAGCCUGAGACAGCGGCUCUUGAGCUGUAUGUUCAAACCGCAGAUUUUUGCUCCUCACGCGGUAUUCUGGUUUUCUACUUGGAUGCUCUACUUUCUGUUUCAGGAUGAGACGGCGAGCUUGUCAUCGACGGCGUCGUUGGCCGCGGCCGGCGCCACUCUUGUGACAACCACCGCCACAGCAACCGCCACGAUGACUGCUACCACUACCAAGACCAUUGCAUACACCAGCUCGGUAGAAACUGAGGCAGCGGGGGCCAAUAUCACAUCCGCCGUUGAAACGUUUCUUUCGCUGAAAGCUAACGACUCAGCGCGGCAGGUCGCUACAUAUAUUGAGGGUUUCAACGAAAACUGUAAGCUGAAGCUACGGCUUUGGAACGCCUCACUCGAGACUCAGUUAGGCUUCUGGGAACGUGAGUACGAAUCCUUGAAGGCUUACAACAACACAAUUUUCUCAAACUUGCUUGAACAAGCGCAAACUAUCAACAGCUCAGUAGAUUAUCUUUCGAACAGCGGCUUUCUUGUCGCCUCGGACUCCCAAUCAAGCGUUCUUCGUGGUCUUUCCCUAAACACAUCUUUUCUGCAAAGUGUUUUUGGUAAUGUGUCAUCAAAUCUCGGCAAAAUACGAAAUCUGACGCUGCCGGCGGCUCCGACUGCUACAGCUAGUGCCCUUUCGGCCAGCGAAAUUCUUGAUUCCAUCACCUCCAACAAAACCACUUCAAAUUUCACAUCCAUGCUGGGUGUCCUGGGCUCUGAUAAGAAGAUCCGCACCACUUUGUUAGUGAAAAGAGACAGCGCCUCGGACACCAGUGGUAAGUAUAAGCAAAAGGCCAUCAGGAUUAGCUCUGCUCUUGCCGCCACCUACGUCGCAGCGACAUUUGCGUUCGUCUGCUUAGAAUACGUUACCUAUAAGAUUGAAGUUCGAGGCGCCCAAGACACCCUUCAGCACCAGCUGGAAUGUAUUGACGAGCUGUACAAGGGCGAAACGGUUAUUUCAGUCGCCCGAAUCCGAGCGCACGAAAGCUUCCAGCAGCUCUUGAUAUGUUACAAUGAUUUCGCAAAACACCCUGUGACCUAUACUUUCACGGAAAUGGCGCUGGAGCUGUUGCGGAGACCUCUAAGCAAAACCUGGAGUCCAGUGGCAGUGGCGAAAUUUGUCAAAGCAUAUAAUUGGUGGUUGACUACGAAUGGACUGCAUGUCUUUUGCUUGUUCCUUGCGGCAGUUGUCGAGGGCCAAAUUCUUAGAGCUUUCCUUGACGUGAGUCACUCAACGCAUCCAACCAGCCUGUAUCCCAGAAGCAAGUUUUCUGAAGCCGCCCUAUCUACCAAGACCCUAGGCAGCAUCUCUUCCUCGUGUGCACUAUUUGAAAGCACUGUAAAUGCCGAAAUCAACUCUGUGGUUCACGAAAGGCUGUGGAAUGCCAGUCGCGGCAACGUCACACAGAUAAAUUCGCUACUUGAUGAAUAUUUUAGCAAUGUUAAUGCUACUUUAAAAGACCAAGUUCCAGCAAUAGAUAUGAACAUGAGCUAUUGGAGCUCAGAACUAAACAGCGAGCAGACUUUCAACUUCACUUCUUUCUCGGAAACGUUAGCCCAUGAAAUUUACGAAGUUGUGGCGCCCUCAGAAAACCUUGAAACGAAACGUCUCGUUAGAAGAAGCGAAGCUGCGCAAAGCCAGGCCAUGGGGAAAACCAUUCUAGCACGCUAUGAAAAAGGCUGUCUUUGUCUUUUAGGUAGUGUAGUUUUUUACCUUCUAUGUGGAUUUCUGGCGGCAGCGGUGUAG